GAGUCGAGCGAAUUGACUUCGUUCAUGUCGCCUUGGCUCCUGCAUUGCGCAUUGCAUUAAUUAUCUUACGCUUAUCGACUUGCAGCCCAACAUCACCAUACUAAUUCGGCAUCUGUAUAUUUCCAUCCAAUACACAUCGCUGUCGCUGUCGCUGUCGCUGUCGCUGUCACCAUGAAAUUGUUGUCUGUCCUCGGCGCUGCCGCCCUAUCCGGCGUCGCCUAUGCUGCCAGCUACGACACUAUCCCUGCCAUCGAGGCCUUCGGUCAACACUUCUUCUACACCAACAAUGGCUCUCAAUUCUACAUGAAGGGUGUCGCCUACCAAGAGAACUUCUCUCCCAACGGUUCCACUAGCUCCAAUGUCGAGUACACCGACCCUCUUGCCGACAAGGCCAAGUGCGCGCGCGAUAUCCCCUUCAUGAAAAAGAUCUUCACCAACGUCAUUCGUGUCUACGCCAUCGACCCCACCAAAAACCACGACGACUGUUUUGAACUCUUGGCUGCCAACGACAUCUACGUCGUCGCCGAUCUCAGCGAGCCCAAGACCUCCAUCAACAGCAACGACCCCGAGUGGACCGUCCCGCUAUAUGAACGUUAUGCUUCCGUCGUCGACGCUCUGGCGAAAUACAACAACGUCAUCGGUUUCUUCGCUGGCAAUGAAGUCGUCCAGGCCGCCAACCAGACCGAGGCCUCGGCCUUCGUCAAGGCUGCUGUCCGAGAUACCAAGGCUUACAUCAAAUCCCAGGGUCACCGCAAGUCCCUCGGUGUUGGAUACGCCACCGCAGAUGUGCCCACACGAGACCAAUUGGCUCACUACUUUGCCUGCCAGCCUGAGGAUGGAACGGACACCAGCAUCGAUUUCUGGGGUUACAACGUGUACUCAUGGUGCGGUUUCAGCAACUACGUCGCUUCUUCUUACGGUGAGCGAGUAGAAUUCUUCAGCGACUACCCAGUUCCUGUCUUCUUCGCCGAGUACGGAUGCAAUGAAAACAUCCCGGGUGGCCCCAACCGCAGACCUUUCACUGAGGUUGCUGUUCUGUAUGGCAACAUGACUGAAGUCUUCUCUGGCGGUAUUGUUUACCAGUGGUUCCAAUCGGAGAACAACUUUGGCCUUGUCCAAAUUGAUGGUGACGAUGUCAAGCCUGAGCCCGACUUUACAUCGCUGAUGAGCCAGUUGGCCAAGGUUACCCCUAGCAGCACCGCCUCAAGCGCCUACACGCCCACGAACACAGCUCCUGCUUGCCCAACCAACGACUCAAAAUGGGCUCCCAAGUCUUCCCCUCUCCCCGCCAUUGUCAACCCUGAGCUAUGCGAUUGUGCCAUGUCGGCCGUAACCUGCACCAUCGAUUCCGACGACGCCGAGUCAUACGGCGCCGAGUUUGGCUUUAUUUGUGGUUUAGAAGACGGCAAAUACUGUGCUGGUAUUGUGCACAACGCCACUCUUGGUGAUUACGGUGCCUACUCGGGCUGCUCGCCCAAGCAGCAAUUGGCUUGGGUGGCCAACCAGUACUACGAGGCUCAGGAUUCAACCAACCAGGCCAGCGCUUGUGAUUUCGAUGGCCUUGCCAAAACCCAGGCUGCCUCGACCGGCGGUUCCUGCGCCACCCUACUUGAAGCUGCUGGUACUGAUGGCUCUGGUGACGUUGCCCAACCCACUGGCAAGGUGACCGGUGGCGGUGGCUCCGGCUCUGAUACCAGCGACAGCGCUGCUGCUCCUAACGGUCUUUCCACACCCGCUUUCUUCAACUUCGGCAAGACUCUCUUUAUUGCCUAUGCCCUUACCGCUCUCGUAUCCGGAAUUGGCAUGCUUGUACUAUAAGACUGUUAGCUUUGAUGUCAGCGAGAGAGGGUCUGGAUUUUUACUUGUAGGAAACGAAAUGAUGCAUUAUACUGUAAUUGAUUUGUUUGGCAUUGCCAUUGGUCCCCUUAGUUGUGCUGUGGAUGCUUAAUUUUGGGGUUCCUGGUCAAUAUGGCUUGGAAGACUAAUUUGGCCCAUUUAGAGUUGAAGGAAUGCACACUAAACCCGGCCACGUGGUUGCAAAUCUUUCAAGAAAAGUUGAUGUAUGAAGGAACCAUGAUUUACAAUUGG